GACGCUUUUCCAUACAUUUUCCAUGUCGUUUGUUUCGCGUUGAAGUGUAUUAUUGAUUGAGUUCGGUUUAUUUUCAUAUUGAAAACAAUAUAUUGUUAAAGUCGUUUUGAAGUCGUCGCAUAUAUGUGUGUAUUGAUUGGGCUAUAUAGAAUGCUUUCAGACUGGAACAACGGUUACAACAGUUUUCUCAUUCAACAACUGCGAGUCGUUUUUUACCGCGGAAGAAUGUCGUCAAUGGGGAAUGGCAUAUCAAAGGAAAAACUACCUUUUUGCAAGUGUAAGCGGUCUGCUUGUGUUCGAAAUUAUUGUCAGUGCUACGAUCAAAAGAGACAAUGCGGUCCAUCAUGCCAGUGUUUUAAUUGUCAAAAUCGAUUUUCGAUUGGUUCCACCAAAGAAGAGAUAUCGAGUUCCAACCCCAACAAAUACAAUACAUUGCAAAUGGAACAAGGCACUUCAAGUAGAGGCAAUCGUAAAUUUUUCGAGAAUGAUGCAUAUGAAAAGUUUUCCCAAAGUCUCUUUUCAACGGCCAGGGCAUGUCAUCAGGCCGGGAAUAGUGCAGAAGUGACCCAACGUAAUUUAUUGGAAAGAUUCCAAGCGGGAUUAACACAGCUCAAUGAUGAUAUUGAUAAAAAGUUGAAUCAGAAAAAGUGAUUUUUUUAUAUAUAUGUGAAAGUAAUUUCGAAUUUAGCAAUUGUCCUUGAUAAAUAAAACGAUUUUAAAUUUCUGAACGUGUUCUUAUAAAAAAUAAGCCGAUGCAUUUCGAUGGAAUUUUUUUUUUAUUCGCGCUCGGAUACAAAAUGUCAAUAAGAAUGGAAAAAUGUAACUUGUCGUCGUCGGCACCAAUACCAAACAGUGCGUCGAUUUUAAAUCGAUAAAUUCGCAUAUAAUAUAGAGAAGUCAAAAUUAUAUAAAUUACUAUUUCAUAUAUGCCGAUGCAGCCACUCAACUACACAUUGCAGUGCAUACACAGCUUACAAUUUACAACAUACUCGUAUUUUUUUCAUUUUUUACAUUAAUAUUGCAUAACCUUGAGCGAGCCAGUUUUGCGGCGAAUAUAAUGACGAAUUACAUUUUUUUUGCAUUUCUGUUUUAAAGCAAAACAAAUUGCCGGCGACUAUUUUCUGUCAUUUAUCAUGCGACGUUGUUCAAAUCAUCAGAAAAAUGGAAACCUAAUUAAUA